CACUCAGUGCAGGCAUGUUUUGUGUUCUCAUACAUUAGAGACGAUAUUUGUUAUCUUUUGUUAAAAUUCUAUUAAAUAUAGUGUAUAAAACUGAGAUAGAUAUAUACAAUCAUAAAAAAAACUAUAUAUUAGUGAUUCGAAAAAGAAGAAAAACAAAAAACUGUUGAAUUUGUAAAUACGGAGAAAACACUUGGAAAACCUGACAUUGUUUUACUGAUUGAAAUGUCAGAGAGUAGUUCUAUGGACCAAUCCAAAACAAAACCAAAUGAUGAACAAAUAAUAGAAGAAGUAGAAGAAGCGACCAUCACACAACUGGAAGAUAAAUCAUCAACAGAAGUAAUAGAAACAAAUUUAUCACCAACAUGUAUUCGUAAGGACGAAAUUCUAAACGAUAAUAAAACAACAACUGAAACAAUUACCAUGGGUCUAAAUAAUAGUAGUACAAGACAAGAACAAUCAAAUAAUACAACAAUUACUGAUAGCACAAAUACAUUUAAUGAAAAAACAAUAUUAAAUAAUAAUAACAAUAGUGAUAACAAAAUUGAACAAAGCGAUAAUGUUUCAGCUGGUAAUGACGAAGAAGAUUCGACAACGGAAAGUUUACCAAGCGACUGUGGUUUAACAACGAUAACAUCUGUGCAAGACGAAGAAGCGCAUGAUCGUUCUGAUGGUAGUGAUUCUGGAUUAGGUUCUGAAUUAGCGGAAGAACGUUUAACAAGUGGUAGUUUAGCCUUACCCGCAGAAAGUGAUAGUGAAACAUCAUUUUUAGAUCGAAUACCCGAUGAAAUCUUACAUGAGGAUGGCCAAACCGGUGACAAAACAUUUAGAACAGAUAAAGUGAUACGUGCCGCGUUAAAUGAUUGCCAAACAAUUGAAAAAGAUAUUGGAGUAAUAUUAGAUGAAGCUAAUAACGAAGAUGAAGCUAAUAAUCAAAAAAUCACAACAACUCCAGUUAGAAAGUCGAAAAGCAAUUUAAAACGAAAGUUGUCACAAGAUGAAAAUGAUGAUGGGAUAGGAGAACCGAAAGCAAAGAAAAAACGUGGAAUUACAUUUGACAGUGUCACAGUAUAUUAUUUUCCACGAGCACAAGGUUUUACUUGUGUACCAUCACAAGGUGGAUCUACAUUGGGAAUGGGAGCACAACAUAGUCAUGUUCAGAAGUUCUCGUUAAGCGAGCAUGCUUUGGAACAACGACGAUUACAUAGGCAACUUUUACAACAAUUACGUAGCGAACGGCAGCAUGCAGCUGCUGCAAAUAGCCCAACGGUGCCACCAAUUGCUUCACCCACAAAUACAACGCCGAUAACAACGGCGGGUCCAACAUCAUCUAGCGAUGAUAGUGAUAGUGACGAAGAACCAAGUAGUGAUGCUUCUGAAUCUGAAAUGGAUUUAGAUAGUUAUUAUUUUUUACAACCAGUACCUACACGUCAACGACGUGCCUUGUUACGUGCGGCUGGCGUACGUAAAAUUGAUGCUUACGAAAAAGACGAAUGCCGUGAUAUUCGAUCUUCACGUGAAUUUUGUGGGUGUGGCUGUAAAGGUUAUUGUGAUCCCGAUACAUGUUCGUGUUCACAAGCUGGUAUAAAAUGUCAAGUUGAUCGAUUAAAUUUCCCAUGCGGAUGCACACGCGAUAAUUGUGCAAAUUCUAGUGGUCGUAUUGAAUUUAAUCCUGUACGAGUUCGUACACAUUUUAUUCAUACCCUAAUGCGAUUAGAAUUAGAGAAAAAACAAAAAAUGGAGGAGGAGGAAAGUGUAAAACAUGAACCAAAUCGUCAUAUACGAUGGACAACAAAUACGCCUUCAAAUACCACAAAUGGUGAUGAUCGUUUAGCAAUGCCACAACAUCUUCAUCAAAAUCAAAAUGGCACUAGUUCAAUUUUAAACGGGGGUAGUAAAUAUAAUGGGAAUUUAUUACGUGAUGUGAAUCUUGCAUCACAUGUUGAAGUUGAAUCAUGUGUACAUAAUGGUAGUUUUACAAAUUUACAUUACGGUGCUCCUGGAGAAGGGCCUGGAACACAACAAUCUCAAAUAAAUACGAUGGCUACAACACAAUUUGGUGGUGAAUUACCAGCGAGAGAAGAUUCUCUAGAUUUAUAUACAUUUCGAGAAGAUUGUUAUACAACCGAAGAUAACAAUGGUAUUAGCACAGAGCAAAUUGCACAAAGAAAUUAUAGCACAAAUAUGACAUCAUCACCACAGCGAAAACAAUCGUAUCAUCAUCAUCAUACAUUUCAUUUUUCAUCGGGUACUGAUCCAUUAUCACAAAGAUUUCCUGAAUUAGGUUUUUCUGUUGGAAGUGCUACACCUAUUACUUAUUCCGCACAUCAAAAUCAACAAAAUAAUCAAUAUCCUUAUCAAUUUAAUAACGAUUUUAAUCAUCAGCAUCAUCACCAAGUAUUUGGUGGACAGUAUAUUUAUGGCACUACGGAUUUUGGUAAGAAUUUAGAUAGUUCGUUAACAAAUACCCACAACGGAACGGCCAAUGGUGAUUAUCAUCGCAAUUUUGAAACAUUUAAUUUUGAAAAUUCAACCAAUAAAGAUAGUCAAUAUACAAGUUUAGAUCCUGUAACAACACCAAAGUUGGAAUCCUUUACCGAUUUAUUACAGGGUAGAUACAAUUACCCUGCAUUUGAUGAUUUGAAUAGUGGGAAUGUUAUGGAAGGACCAUCAUAUAAUAAUGAAACACCACAACCUGAACAACAAAAGAUUGAAAAUAAUUCGACAAAUAAUGUUGUCAAUUCAGAGCCAUCAGAAUCGACAUCAUCAAACCAUGAUGAAUACGAUGAAAAUUUUGGUGAAAUUAUUAAAAAGACAAUGGUGGAGACUGUAACUGCAUAACUAUUGUAAAUUUUUAAUAAAAACAAAAACAACUAUUAAUUA